CCAGCAGAAAAGUAUCCACAUAUUUUCUCCAAAGAAUCCAUAUUUGGGAGGUUUCCAUAUUUCCUCCCAUGCUUUACCAUAUCGAUACUAGCAAUGGGAUCGUGCAUCGCAUGCAUUUGGCUUCCCGAAACGCUGCACUUUCACAACAAUGAGAAAGUAGACGCUAUUGAUGAAAUGGAAGCACAAGUUGGUCACUCAAACGUAGAAGGUGGACAAGCUAAAGAAUCUGGUGGCACAUCUACAAAGAAUCUACUAAAGAACUGGCAAUUGAUGUCAUCAAUAAUCCUCUAUUGUAUCUUUUGUCUUCGUGACACAGCUUAUCUUGAGGUCUUGUCUAUACUUGUCCUGGCAACAUAUCCCUUCAUAGCCAAACUACAAGGGCUAGAACUCAAAAUACUAAUCAAUAUAGCUUCACUUUUGGGGAGCACAUUUUCUGCUACAAUUACUACUGCGUGCAACAUUCUGCAAAACACAGCAGUGACACAAGAACAGAGAGGUGUUGCAAAUGGCAUCUCUGUGACUCUAAUGUCAUUGUUCAAAAGUGUAGCUCCAGCAGCAGGAGGAAUUUUGUUUUCGUGGGCUCAGAAGCACAUGACUGGGCUGUUAUUACCAGAGGCAGGCCUGUGUGAAGGAAAGGGUAAGGGCAUACCUGUUGGAUGCUCAUCACCCGACAGAGACUUUGUGAAAGGCUCGCUGUUUGUCCAGCAAUCGUCACUGAGAGGCGCACUUGGGGAGAGAAUAGGAAUGAGUAGGGUAGGAGGAGGCACACCUGGAUCUGGUGCUCGCCACGGCAGCGGCGCGGCUACUCCUCACGAUCCGACCGACGGGCGCGUCGCGGGCAGCACGGCGGCACGGUCGCGGCGCCGGCGCUCGGCCCUCUUACCCGGCCAGAGGCACUCGUCACCUCGCCACGACAGCAGCGUCCGGCCGCCAGGAUCCCGUGAAGAAAGCGUCCAGCGAGAACACCGAGGGAGGCGGCGCGGCGCACUACUUCGUCGACUACGUGGUCACGUCACGCUAGGCGCGGCGGGGCUCUUCGCCGCGAACUUCCCGUCAUGGAGCUUCGAUCCUGUACCGCCAGGCCGUGUCUGGAGGGUUCGUCCAGGCCGUGAAGGUGCAGACGACGAAGUUUUCGCCGGCAGGGAUAGAGGAAGCGCGGCGGUUGGCGGUGUCGCGAGGACGGGCAGGGAGCGAGGAAGCGCGGCGAUCACUCUCGGUGGCAUGGACUGCUCCAAGAACGAGGGCGCGGUGGCCGCCCUCCCCGACGACCCCCUGGUGGAGAUCCUCUCCCGCGUCCCUGCCAAGUCCGUCUGCCGGUUCAAGUGCGUCUCCAAGGCCUGGCGCGACCUCAUUGCCGACCCUCACCACCGGAAGAAGCUCCCCCAAGCUAUGCAAGGACUCUUCUUCAUGGUGCCAGAGGACUUUAUCAAUGUCAGUUUCAGUUUCAUCGAUCUGACAGCGAGAUCCGUGCCUCUAGACAUCGACGCUGCCUUCUCCUUCCUGACAGAACGGCCUGGGUUCCAGAACCUCGGCUUGCUGGAUUCCUGCAACGGUCUUAUCCUCUUCCAGAACUACCACGAGCCGCUGUCCUCUGACACAUUGGGCUAUGUCGUGUGCAACCCGACCACAAAGAGAUGGCAAGCCGUGCCCACUUGUGGCUCUCUGGAUCUGACAACCUGUACCUAUUUGGCUUUCGAUCAGGCCAUAUCCUCUCACUUCCACUUGGUCCAGUUCCAGUUAUCUGUGCCGGAUGAGAUGUUGGUGUCGCUGCAUGUUUACUCAUCUGAAACUGGGACCUGGAGUCACAACCAAAUUGACUCUCAAGAAAAUCAAGGACCAUUGGCAGAGUGGCAUCUUCGUGCCAUGCUAUCUCGUAGGGAGCUUGAGUGUGCCUUUGUUAAUGUCUUCCUGCAUUUCAUAGUUGGGGACUCGGAUCAACAUCAGAUAGUUGCUGUAGAUGUACAAGGGAAGGCAAGAAGGGUGAUCACAGUGCCAGGUGUGGCUGAUGGGAGGCACCGGUAUUGUUAUUUAGGGCAGUCCCAAGGGUGCCUGCAUUACAUGACUCAGGAAAUGUUUGAUGAUCAUGAAGACAGGUACAAACUGUCCAUCUGGGUUCUUCAGGAUUAUGAUACACAAUGGGUGUUGAAGGACACUUUCUUGAGUAGUAAUCUGAUAGCAUAUGACAUGGACCAUAAAGAAGUGAGUGUUAUUGCCACUUUUGAAGUUCUGAAAAAGCCGCUCCGUUUUGCUCAUUAUGUUCCCUGUUUCUCAGAAUGCCCGGCUCUCACAAAUUAG